AUGUGUCAUGUCAUUGUAACAUGUCGGUCGAUGCUGUGGACUCUCCUGAGUAUUGUGGUGGCUUUUGCAGAGCUCAUCGCUUUUAUGAGCGCAGACUGGCUGAUUGGCAAAGCAAAGCCUGCGAGCUCCGAGGAUGUGGACAACAGAACAGGGGGGUCACAGGAGCCUUACCAUCCAACGCUGGGCAUCUAUGGGCGCUGCACCAGAAUCCCCCACAUGCAGCUCUCUAGACGAGACACGCUCUGUGGUCCUUAUGCUGAAAACUUCAAUGAGAUUGCCAGUGGGUUCUGGCAGGCAACCGCUAUUUUCCUAGCUGUGGGAAUCAUGAUUCUCUGUGCCGUGGCAUUUGUAUCUGUCUUUACCAUGUGUGUGCAGAGUAUUAUGAAGAAAAGCAUUUUUAAUGUCUGUGGGCUGCUACAAGGGAUUGCAGGCCUCUUCCUUAUCUUAGGCUUGAUACUUUACCCUGCAGGUUGGGGAUGUCAGAAAGCAAUAAGCUAUUGUGGACAUUAUGCUUCUGCUUACAAACUUGGAGACUGCUCCUUGGGCUGGGCUUUCUACACAGCAAUUGGUGGCACUAUUCUGACAUUCAUCUGUGCAGUCCUCUCGGCGCAAGCUGAAAUAGCAACAUCCAGUGACAAAGUGCAAGAAGAAAUAGAAGAAGGAAAAAACCUUAUCUGCCUCCUUUAAAUCCAGUGAGGAAAAACACCAGUGCCUGAAUCUUAAUCUGCUUGCCAUUGACUGGACAAGCAGAUCCACUUACCUGUUUCUACCGUUUGUGUGAUUGAGCCCCAUGCAUUCCAGCCCCGAACUACUGAAAUGGUCUUUCUUCUUUGCUGGGCAAUGAGGAUCGGAGAAAGGAUCCCAAGAAAACAGAAUGUAAAUAUUGGAGAUUUUUUUGUGUUUGUUUCAUUCUAUGAUCAGGACACAGUGGAAUAUAUUAAUCUGACCGGGGAGGUGCGGAAUCAU